AUGAGUGAAAGGCAACAAAUACAGUAUUCUGAGUGUAAUCAAUUUUCAACUUCUAUCACCUACAGCCCUAGUAAUGGAUAUCAGCCUGAAAUAUUAAAAGCUUUAAUUGAUGCAUAUGGCAAAGAAGAAAGCCGAGAAUGUCCAAGCAGUAAACCACUACUAGUUGAACAGAUGCAUGGAAACUGUAUAGAGAAUAAAGUGUGGUCAAAAUCAUGGCAGAAUACAGAAGAGGAGGAGUUUGACUGGAAAGAUUUGAAGUCAACCAUUGUAGACCAUAGCAGGAAUAAAAGUACAUUACCUUCAACCGGUUUUUUUUCCAGGGAAAUACCUGUUGUUGCAGCUAGUGCAACUUUGUCAGAGCAAAAUGCCAGCAAGGGUUGGUCUACUGGAUCUCAGCUUCCUCUACUUCAUGAUUCCUCUGCUAUGGCGAUGAAGCAUAGCCUGGUCUCCUCUCAAUCUCAUGAUGCUAUGAAGAUUCCUCAUCAUCGCUAUAACUCGUCUCAACGUAUCUUUAGUAGAAUGGGUCAAUCAAGGACUCUUACGAACACUCCAAUUAAUCACAUUCCCAAAAGUUAUGAAAACCCAAAUGGGGUUCGACAUGCAGUGCCGAUAAUGGCUUCUGGCAUUCCCUCUAAUGUGAAACCUCCACCAUCACUUGUGCUUGCAGCUUCUGAAACAAGGCCUUCUGUAAAUCAGAAUGUCACUCGAUCUCCUACUAUGAAGCAUGCUGUAAAUAACUCUAUGAUUGUACCAGCACAGUCAGGUGGCGCCUUUGAGAAGAAGGAUGCAUAUACUACACAUAUGCAUCAGUUUCCUGAGAAACUUCCUGGCCAAGUUUCUUCCAACCAGAAAAAUCACUGGAAAGCACCACAGCCCAAGUUUUUUCCAUCUCAGGAUCCAUCAACCAAACAGUUUGGUCAUGGGAUGGAUUUUUUGAAGAGAUCUGGUGCAUCCACAAGUACAACCAUGUCGAAUACGUUACCUACUGUGCUAUUCCCUUCACCACUUCCAAGUAUUGCAAACUACCCUUUUCAUCCAGGUCACCCUCCUGCUUCAUCUCAAAUGAUGAUACCUCAUUCGAAUGUUGGUCCGUUUAUGUCAAGCAAACAGCCACCAGAUACUGAUCAAAUUUUUCAUGCUGACAUCUCAUCGGAUAAACUACUGCCACCACAGAAUUCCAUCGGAACCGAGUUUAAAGCAGACAUUCUGAAGGUUCGGCAUGAGUCUGUAAUUAAUGGCUUGUAUGGUGAUCUCCCUAGACAAUGCAGAAGUUGUGGGCUGAGAUUCAGAAGCCAAGAGGAACACAGAAGUCACAUGGAUUGGCAUGUGACCAAGAAUCGGAAGCAGAGAAUCUGUCGUGAAUGGUUUGUGAGGGAGAGGAUGUGGCUUAGUGGUGCAGAGGCAGUGGGAACGAAGUCAGUAGCAGCUUUUUUUCCGACAGAAAGAAAAGAAGAAACGAAAGAUGAACAAGAGUUGGCGGUGGUAGCAGAAGAGGAGCAGAAAAGAUGUGCAUUGUGUGAAGAGGCUUUUGAGGAGUUUUACAGUGAUGAAAUGGAGGAGUGGAUGUAUAGAGGAGCUGCGUACCUGUAUCAACCCACAGAAAAAUUAGCAACAAGCAUGGAGAGGUCACAGUUAGGUCCCAUAAUUCAUGCUAAAUGCAGAUCAGAUCUUAAAAUGCCUCUCUCCAAACAUCUUCCAGAGGAUGAUUACCAAGAGGGUACCCCAAGUAAACGAAUGCGGAUUUGA